AUGAAAAUGAGGACAAAGUUAAGUUUUUUGUGGUGUAUUUGGAUUUUGCUUUGUGGGUCUUGUAUGGGCAGGUUUGUGGUGGAGAAGAACAAUUUGAAAAUCACUUCUCCAAAAUCAUUGAGAGGUAUAUAUGAAUGUGCAAUAGGGAAUUUCGGGGUCCCCAAGUAUGGAGGAACAAUGAUUGGCACUGUGGUGUACCCCAAGUUUAAUCAGAACGGAUGCAGUGAAUUUAAUAAUGUUGAUAACUUGUUUAGUUCCAAGCCAGGAAAUUUCCCCACCUUUGUUCUUGUUGAUCGUGGAGAUUGCUACUUCACUUUAAAGGCUUGGAAUGGACAGAAAGGUGGAGCAGCAGCUAUUCUUGUUGCAGAUGAUAGGAUAGAACCAUUGAUCACAAUGGACACACCAGAAGAAGGGAAUGCUGCUAAUGAUGAUGAUUAUAUUGAAAAGAUUAGCAUUCCUUCUGCCCUUAUAAGCAAAUCACUUGGGGAUAGCAUCAAGGUGGCUCUCUCAGGUGGUGCUAUGGUUAAUGUAAAUCUUGAUUGGAGAGAGGCACUUCCACACCCUGAUGAGAGAGUUGAAUAUGAGUUUUGGACAAAUAGCAAUGAUGAGUGUGGACCAAAGUGUGAGAGUCAAAUUAACUUUGUGAAGAGUUUUAAAGGGGCAGCACAACUACUUGAGCAAAAAGGGUUCACUCGGUUUACACCUCACUAUGUAACUUGGUAUUGCCCUGAAGCAUUUAUCUUAAGCCAACAGUGCAAGUCUCAGUGCAUAAAUAAUGGGAGGUAUUGUGCACCAGAUCCUGAACAAGAUUUCAGUAGAGGGUAUGAUGGCAAAGAUGUUGUUAUUCAAAACUUACGUCAAGCUUGCUUCUUUAAAGUGGCAAAUGAAAGUGGAAAGCCUUGGCAAUGGUGGGACUAUGUCACUGACUUUUCAAUCCGAUGCCCAAUGAGAGACAAUAUGUACACUGAAGAAUGCUCAAAUCAAGUUAUUAAAUCUCUUGCUGUUGAUCUGAAGAAGGUUAAAGACUGUGUUGGGGAUCCAAAAGCAGAUGUUGAAAACCCUGUUCUUAAGGCAGAACAGGAUGCACAGAUUGGCAAGGGCACUCGCGGUGAUGUUACUAUACUGCCAACUCUAGUUAUAAACAACAGACAGUAUAGAGGUAAGCUCUCAAGACCAUCAGUACUCAAGGCAAUCUGUGCAGGUUUCCAAGAGACCACUGAGCCAUCAAUUUGUUUAACUCCAGACAUGGAAACAAACGAGUGUAAGCAAAACAAUGGUGGUUGUUGGCAGGACAAAUCUGCUAAUAUUACUGCAUGCAGGGACACUUUCCGAGGAAGAGUAUGUGAAUGCCCUGUUGUGCAAAAUGUGAAGUUUAUUGGUGAUGGAUAUACCCAUUGUGAAGCUACUGAAGCCUUGAGGUGUGCAAUCAACAAUGGAGGUUGUUGGAAGGGAACACAAGAAGGAAGGGCUUACUCUGCAUGUAUAGAUAACCACACAAAAGGUUGUGAGUGUCCACCAGGAUUCAGGGGUGAUGGAGUCCAGUCCUGUGAAGAUGUGAAUGAGUGCAAAGAGAAAUUGGCCUGCCAGUGCCCAGAAUGCAAAUGCAAAAAUACAUGGGGUAGUUAUGAUUGCAGAUGCAGUAAUGGUUUGUACUACAUGCGAGAAAGUGACAUGUGUAUUGGUAAAUAUGCUGCUUCAGUGGCCAGCGGAGGAUUUGUUUGGAUGGUUAUUCUGAUCUUGGCUGUUGCUGGUGCUGGGGGAUAUGCAUUUUACAAGUACAGAAUCCAGAGAUAUAUGGAUUAUGAGAUAAGGGCAAUCAUGGCCCAAUACAUGCCCUUGGAUAAUCAACCGGAGGUCUCUAAUCAACUUCAAAAUGAUGUCUAG